AUGAUCUCCACCCUCAUCACACCCCCUUGCACCACCCAAAGAAACCGACCCGUCACUCCAGGAGGUUCACCAUGUAUCAAAGCUUUCCCGCCGACCUCCUCGUCUGCCAGCCCGCACGAUAUCAACGUCAAGGGUGGGGAGGACGAGAUGUGGCUCGAUUUUGCGGGCGAUGAUACUACAUCGACCGAGUCUGUCGAGGGGAAGAAGAUUGGAGUGAGGCAGAAAGUCUUGUUGGUGGGCAUGUUCUGGCUACUUGAGAGAGUUGGACUGAUGAAUAUGACUCAGCGACACCAAGCGCUGGUAUCGUUUCUGCGUAGUACGCGAGCCAAGUUGAUAGUGGCGAAUACGCCUGCCACCAAUGAGGGCAUGCCGGCCCUCACCUACACUAUAUCCAGCACCUCCAUCGACUCUAGUAUCAUCAUCCAAACUCCCGCGUCAGACGGUGAAAGGGCAGAAGACAGACUGUUGCUGGAGCUCAAGCAGGGCCUUGAAAUGUGGCAAGCUGGUGGGAGCAGACAUCGCUAUGAGCGAGGGUUGGAGGUACUGCCGCCUUUGAUCGAAUCCAUCUCUUUGCCAGGGUCGGGUAUCAACAAGCCCGCCGCAAAAGCGAGUACGGCCGAGGAAGAUGACGGGAGUUUGUUUAGUUCGUUGAAACGCGCUGGUGGGCGACGGCUUGGGGGCGGGCAUGUCAAGGCGUGUUGGGAAGAGUAUAUUGCUGGGAAAGCGAAGAGUUGUGUGAAAGCUGCGAGUGGCCGAGAGAAGCCUCGAUUCUUCUAG